CCGCACGCACCCGCUCGCCCACAUCUCCCCUUUCGCUCGUCUUCUCCUCUCAAACCCUAACAGCGCCAUUCCCGCCGCCACGUCCGGCUGCCCCGUCGCCGGCCGGAACCCGUCCUCCGCCUACAGAUCCGGCCAUCCCAGGCUGAUUCCCGCCGGAUCCCAUCCUCGGCGCCGCUAGCCGCGCGGGGUGCAAGGAGCUGCGACCCCAUGCCUCGGAGGAGCUAGCCCUGACGCCAUUGACCUGUGUGCAAUUCGGCCCGGUAUCUUCUGGUUUGGUGGAGUGCCUGGCCUGUUGGAGUCGCAAAUACGGCCCAUCUUACUUCUAGAUCCAACCCAAAGCGCAGCGCCUUCGACCAGGCCGAGUUGGGACGGUCCACGACACACUCACGCAUCUUCUCCAUCGACGGCGCGCCGGCGGCGAUGGCGGUGCGGAAGCUCAUCCUCGGUCUCACAGCAGCAAGGCGAGCCAGUUCUCGGGCCUCUGUACUCCUCCGGGCUUCAUCCCUCCUGGAAGCCUCCACUUCUGCCUCCCACGGCACCGCCGCCGCGACGAAUGGAUCGCCAAGGGCGCUGCUCUUCUCCUCUAGGGUCUUCUCGUCGACCCCUCCGGCUAAACAGUCCGCCGGAGAUGUGCCCGCCCCAUCCGCGGUGGACCACAAGUUGAUAAUGCCAGAGGAUAAGUUCCAUAAAUUAGCAGAUGAUACAAUACAUGAUUUGCUUGAAAAACUUGAGGAAUAUGGUGAUUCUCAGCAGAUGGAUGGCUUCGACAUAGAUUAUGGGAAUCAAGUUCUAACAUUGAGGCUAGGCGAUUUGGGGACCUAUGUUGUAAACAAGCAAACACCAAACAGACAAAUCUGGCUAUCUUCACCUGUGAGUGGGCCUGCGAGGUUUGACUGGGAUGCAGCAACAGACAGUUGGGUUUAUAGGCGGACUGGAGUAAAUCUCAUGCGGCUUCUAGAGAAGGAGAUCGGUGAGCUCUGUGGGACUCCAGUAGACCUUUCAUAAAGGGAUAGGAAAAUGCCACAUAGCUAAGUUUGAGGGGGCAGACAACAUUUCUCGGCGAAGUAAACGAGAUGACAUCUUUUAGUAUGUUGAUUCUGUCAAGUAAACCAAAGGAGUUGUUGUACUGCACAUUUUUGCACGAAAUGCUCUAAUGGGUUGCCUAAUAAGUCGUCUGGCUUUCGCCGAUGGCGGGACAUAGGCCUGUGAUACUUCAUGUUAUAUAAUCAACCGUUUGCGUGC